ACCAUGAAUGUGGCGUGAGUUAUUCAUACUCAAACUGUGUUUGCAUUUCACCAGUGAUGGUUCUGAGUUCGAGAUGUUUUUCAUUAUCAUUUAAUCUGGCAAUUAUUCUCAUGAUUAAUUGUUUGGUCUAUAUAAUGUGCAAUAAUAAGAAUGGUGAAAAAUGUCUGUUGCAGAUUCCACAGUCUAACGUUACCAACUAACCAAUCGUCUGUCCAAAACCCAAAGAUGUUCUGUUCACUAUAUGAGGAGAGAAAGUAUCAUAUCUUACAUUUAAGAAGCUGAAACCAGAGAACUGUUGAUAUUUGCAUUGCCGGUUAAUUUUCGGUGGAGCAAAUAAUCUCUUAUUGUUGACAGUGACAUCAGUUAUCUUCUGUUGCUGUCAUAUCGCAGUACUGGAACAUACUCUGCAGAAUUGUUUGUAAUAUUUACCAUAUUCCCAUUUAUCUGCGUUAAAGCAGUCUAGUUUUAAUUUACAGUAUUUCAUUUAUGAAUCAAUUAUGGUGCAAUCAAAUACGCCCCAGGCAAUUAGGAUUUGUUGUCUGCUUCUCGCGUGUGAUUCAUAAUCAUUCAUAACUUAUAAUCCUAACUCACUGCUCAGACAUUGCCCCAGGACAAGAGACAAACAAAGUGUAAAAGUCUUAGAAACAGUCGACAAGUUACUUCACUUCCUCUUUGCUCGCUGUGUCUCCAGUUGAGUAAUACCUCCCGUUUAUUUCAGGGUUUGCUUUAGUUCCCGUUACACGACAGCUAAUAUACAGGGUUGGUAGGGAAAUGCGGUGCAGUGUAGGGCACAGUCUGUCAUAACAGCAGCGUAAAGGCCAUUUUUAAUACUUUUGUUUAACGUGUCUUGUCAUCGUAUUUUCAUCGUAUUUUAAAAGGCGAUUUCUUCGAGGUGUGGUAAUAGGAUAAAAGGCAUGUAUCCAUUUCCAGUCACAUUUAUUCUGGUUGUGAUCCUCUCCUCUCCGAUGUGUAAGGGCCAGAAUGUGAACACCUGCAAUGUUACCCCUAAAGAUCAGUACAUUGAAGUGGGAUCUGAUGCCCAGGUAGUGUGCCAGACUUCAUGUGUCCGUGGCAAAAUCUUCUGGACACUGAACAACAGGCCCAUCAACGAAGGGCUGUCAAACGCGACCAACUCCUCACACACAGUAUUGUCACUGAAGAACUUCACUCGCCACAGUGCUACAUUACAGUGCCAUAGCGCAGAAACUCAGCACGUCCUUGGAGGCACCACCAUUAGAACCUACUCAAAACCCAGCAAAAUAUCAUGCAGAUUUUAUUAUGUAUCUCAGAAUGAAGGUGUACCAGAAAGGUUAACAUGCAGCUGGGAGCAUCGGAUUAAUUCAUCACUGGAAAUAAACUACACUGUACUUGUUUGCCAGGCGGCAGAAUGCACGUCGCAUGAAACUGAAAGGACUUCAAUAGAUAUAGAUGCUCUUAAAAUAUACACCAGCAAAAACAUCAAUAUUACAGUGAGAGCUAAAACUGCUGCUUGGGAAGUUUCCUCCAGCCAUGUGGAGUUUGACUAUUAUGACAUAUUGAAAAUUGGCCCUCCAAAGCUAAACAUAGCUGUCUUGUCUGAUCAUCUGUUGGUUAAGUGGGAACGACCGGUUGCCCAAAGGGAGUAUCGCUGCCAAGUCAAAUACAGUAAGGUUGUCAGUGAUGGAACUUCAGAGGAGGGACUCAAAGAGAUUCCAAACAGCAGUGUCAACAUAACAGUGGAAUCCUGCAGUACCUAUAAAAUUACAGCUCGCUGUGCGUUAAACAAGGCCCCCUGGAGCGACUGGAGCCAAGAGAAGACGGUUCUGACCAAACUAAACAAGAGUGAUAUCAAGCUGCGUCUGUGGAGAAAGAUUGCAGAAAAGGAGAAAAAUGGAGUUAGAAAAGUCCAUGCCAUUUGGAUGGAGAUUCCUGCAACAUGCCAAGACACAUUCAUCUACAGUAUCAAAAGGAUUCCCUACAAGGAGCACAUGACUGGAGUCAACUAUACAGAUACUUCAUGCAGCAAAUCAAAUUGUGUUGUUGAUAUGAACCAAGAUGCACACAGAAUAAAUCUUACAGUCCUCCAUAAUGAAACCCCGCUUGCUGAGGACUCUGUUUACGUUCCAGCCGUUGGAGAGAGCCUCCCCCAUGUUACUGAACUCCAGACUGCAACCGCUGAAGGUGUUAUUCUGGUCAGCUGGAAGGCUCCUGUUCAGCCUGUCAGAGGUUACAUGAUCGACUGGACCCACAAUGGAAAUCAAUAUUAUUGGAAGGAGAGCAAAUACACAAAUACAACACUGUCUGACCUCUUGGAUAAGAAGCCAUACAAUAUCACAGUAACUCCCCUUUUCAAUGACAAGACAGGUCAUGGCAUGCAAGCCCUUCAGAUCUGCUCCAGAGUUGGAGAUCCAGGGAACGUCACUUUCGUCGAUGUUCGACCUUACGACAAAAGUGCCUAUGUGAGCUGGAGUACAGAGUCACAGGAGGAAUGCAGUGGUGCUGUCAUCAACUACACAGUCCUCUGCAGUAUUGAGGGUAGUCCAGUGCUCAAUGUUACUGUAGAUCAUUCAAAGCAGGACAUCCUUUUACAAGAUCUGAAACCAGACACCCGAUACAGUGUUUACGUCAUGGCCACAGCUCUCACUGGAACCACCAAAAGCAGAGAGAGGCUCUUUAAAACCAAAAGAUUUGAUCCAAGGCUUAUCACAGCACUUGGUGUCUCUGGAACCAUCAUUAUAAUUCUCGUGUUAUCUCUUGGAUUAUGCUGUGCUGUUCAAUGGAAGAAGUUCAGGGAGAAGCCGUUGCCUAACCCAGGCCUCAGCUCUGUGGCGUUGUGGCCAUCGCCAGGUCAUCAAGAGAGGACGCCACCCUCCCAGGCAGUCAAUAACCCAUCUGAGAGCCCCUGUGACAUGGUUUACCCAGAGGAAACUCAGAGAAUGCCCUCUCCACUGCCAGAUACAAGCUGUAGUGGUAACCCAGCCAGUGACCAGACUGAGCAAUACACAGACCCAGCCCUAGUUCUCACACCAGACGUGCAGAAUGAGAAACCAACUGAACUUAUAGAGACGCUGCACCUGAGUUCUCCUGGAGAAUCUACAGCGUUACUGUCCUCGGGGGACGGCCCAUUCAGCCCAUAUCGAAGUCAGAGUUCUGUGGAAACUCCUGCGUCAAGGACAAGUAAGCUAUGUCCGCGUGUUCCAGUAAAACAGCAAGAAAAGACGGCACCGAUGACUGUUUACGUCACUCUGAGCAUGUUUGAGCAAGGUCAGGGCCGAUGAGAGCAACUGAAACACAACCAUAACAACAUUCCAGGCGUCAACAUGUGUAAGUAUGUCAGAUCUGAUUAAAGCUUUCCAAAGACUCUCAUUGUGGUGUGUUUCUUGGCACUCUGUAAUUAUAUAUCAACACUUACUUACUUUCUGUCUUUGUUGAUGCAAACAUGCAAUAUUUAUGGAUAGAAAAUGUGUGGUAGCCGCUUUAUUGAGUCAACCUCAUGUAUAUACCUGAUGUAAUUUUUGUUCAGCACUGACAACAUCUAUACCAGAAUGUUGAUAAUAUUUAUCACUGUAAACAAAAAAUAUCUUUUAACUUUGUGUUCACACUGCUGCCAAGAUAAGGCUGGAAUAAUGUAACAAAUGUACUGUUUGUAUUAUAUAACAACCCCCUUCAAUUGUGUUAUGACAGCAUGCAAAUCUAAACAGGGGGACUGCUAUUUUGUUGUAAACAUCAUAAUAUUAGAUAUGUAUUGUAAGAUUAUCUGUUGUUUCCUGUUUGUUAUCAUUGAUAUCUUCACUUGUUAAAAAAGUAGUAAACAUGCUUGAGACUUUAAA